CUUGAGAUCUAGAUCAAAAAUGUUGGUUCUUGGCAGUCUCCUCUUUGCCAGUUUGGCCAUUCACCUAACAGCAGCCCAGGAGGACGCAAUUGAGGGGACGGAAGCCCCGAAAUUUAAUGAGGACUACUGCGAUUCGACAUUGUGUUUAAAAGGCCAAAAACAUGUGGCUUGCAACGCCUCUUUGGUACUGCACGAGGCGUGCUCUCUUGACGCUGAAGUUUUAGUCAUAAAUGAUAAGCUGCAAAGGUUCUUAGUAGGGCGCUUUAACGCGUUGCGGGACAGCGUGGCCAAGGGCGGAUUCAACGGAUUGAGUCCUGCUGCCCGAAUGGGUACAUUGAAGUGGGACCCGGAACUUUCCUACCUGGCCGAGUUCAAUGUGCAAGACUGUUACAUGAAGAGCGACGAAUGCCGGAACACAAAGACAUCAACUCACGCCGGCCAGAUUGUUGGCUAUCGAGCUAUGAGAGGAAAAAUCCCAGACCUUGAGGACAUUCUUAAGGAUAUAUAUGGGCUUUGGAUGCGGGAGAAUUCCGGAACCUCGAUGUUGGACAUCAUAAAGUAUAAGGAUCCUAAAAAGGGGCCACCCAAGUACAACUUCAUACAGAUAGUAUUGGAGAACGCUGGUCUAGUGGGCUGUGCCGUCCUUCAGCAGACCCGCAACGACUGGCUACAGACGUUCUUCACGUGCAACUUUGGCCAAGCCCCAGCUGUGGGCUCGGCCGUGUACGAGACCGGCCAGCAUGCGGCCACGUCCUGCAAGACCGGAGUCAACCCAAAAUACGUACAUCUCUGUUCCGAAAGCGAGGAGUACGAAAAGAUAGGACCAAGUGUGGGGAACUCCGAAAAAGCGGAAGCAAAGGCAGCGAGAACUGUGAGAAAAGGAAGCUUUGUUGUGCUACAGAGUGCAGUGGAUGAUGCCGCUCCAGCUGGAAUACAGCCUAGAGAUGGCUCAGCCCCGGCCGAAGCAGCAGUAGCCCCAGGAGCCGAAGGAACAGCGACUCCAGAUGCCCAGGCAGCAACAAUUGCACCAGCUAGUGGAACAACCCCGGAAACAACUCCAGUAGAUACCGCCAGCCCCGCUCCAGCUGCUGGAGGUGAUGCCACAGCAGCAGGAGCUGAGACACCAGCCCCACCAGCUGCAUCCGGAGAGGAAACCACUUUUGAAGGUAUAAUGGAACCCACGCCAACACCUCCCGAUAAGGACAUGUUGCAGAAAAAAUUCGCCCGCUUCCUGCAGCUAAUGAAACGGGCUGAAUUGCACCAUGGUCGUCGCAAGAUCAUGGUCAUAACCAGCAACCAUAUGGUGGACGAUGAUCGCGCGAAGCAGAAUGUCGACGAUUCUUUAACUUUAAGAACAAUGAAGACAGCUGUAUACAGGACCAUUCGAAAGCGUCAUCUGAAUAUGCAACGCACUGGGUUAAUGGGCCGGUCCAUGGGUCACAGUAGAAGACUUAACGCGAGAAGUCACCAUCGUAACACAUAUUCCGCUCCCCGAUGGAUUGCCAUAAGUUAAGUUUGGACUAACUGCAUUCAUGGAUGUUCCUAAAUUUAAAACCACAACUUAAAGAA